GGUGCGUCCAACCAAUCAGAGCUGGAGGAGUCGAAUCGCGCAGCCAAUCGUUUCAAAACAAGAGGGGGGGAGAUACUGGGCAGGACUUCCGCUAUGUGAAGCGACUUCCACGGUCCAAGCUCAGAAGCCCCACCUUUUGCGUUUCCCGCACCGUCAAUCAAAAUAGAAAAAAACAGAAAAGAAAAAAAUCGACCCGAAUCUCCGAUCUCAGCCCGCCUUUGAUUAAAACAAUCAUGUCUGGAGUUUAAAUGAACAGAUAACCUUGCUAUCUUUUAGACUUUCGCGCUAUGACUGGUACGUAACACUUAAACCGAUCGAAGCACAGCACCGCCGCCCCAGAACAGGCAGUGAAGCAGCAGGAAAUGGCUGCCCUGGACGCGGACGGCAGUCAGAGCGACUUUCUGCAGCCCGCCGCAGGAGCCUCCGCCUCGGACCAGCAGACGACGGAACUCGCGUCCAUCCAGCUCACCGGCUCGUCUGACCGCUGGGAGGUUCUCACCCCGGUUUCCACCGGUAAAGAGGACUCUGGUGUAGUACACUUACCCAGUGGGGGGAUUGUGGGCACCAACGGGCAGUAUGUAGUGCCACUGCAAACUGUACCGGGGCAGAGCCAGCCUGUUUUUGUCACUGCCGGGACAGACGGUUCCAGCGCCAACGGUAUCCAGUACCAGGUCAUUCCGCAGCUCCAGAGUGCGGACGCGGCAUCGCUAGGUUACACUACAUCUACAACCGAUGUCGCGACUCUUGGUACAGACAUUGCCAUACUGCCUGAUGGAACGCAGGGCAUCUCCACGGCAACUAGCACCACUGACCUGCAGGGUUUGCUGGCGCACACUGGACACAUGCAGCAGAUCCCGAGCGUCUCGUUGGCAGGAAGCGGGUUCGCUGGGCAGGGCCAGGUGGUGGCUAACGUGCCAGUCGGUUUGCCCGGGAACAUCACGUUUGUGCCGAUUAAUAGCCUGAGCAACGCCGACUUGGAGUCCCUGGGCCUGGCCGGAGCUCAGACCAUCGCUACGGGAGUCACAGCUGACGGUCAGCUCGUCAUGACAGGCGACAACACGGUCCAGAGCACACUGGAUAAAACCAACAACGCCAACAGCAACAACACCUUCGUUCCGCCGACAUCGACCUCCUCCUCCUCCGCCACCACAUCGCUGCCCGAGACGAUAGACGGCACAGGGGUUCUGACCCAAGCCACGGCUGUUUCGGCUGGCCAACAAGAUCCGUCCUUCAUCCAUCAGAACCAUGUGCCUGCUACCACAGAGUCCGUGGUGCAGCUAGUGCCCACGCAGGCGGCAGAAGGUGCGGCGCAGACGCUACAAAGUGUGCAGCUGCUCAACACAGGCACUUUCUUAAUCCAGGCGCAGACCGUGUCGCCGACUGGCCAGAUCCAGUGGCAGACUUUCCAGGUGCAGGGUGUGCAGAACCUACAGAACCUGCAGCUUUCCGGCGCCGGUGGAAUGGCGUCGCCACAGAUCACCAUCGCCCCUGUGCAGACGCUGGCGCUCGGGCAGCCUGGUACCAGCGUGACCGCCGGACACAUCCCCAACCUGCAGACGGUCACGGUCAACUCCAUCUCGCAGGCAGAGCACACCAUAGAGAGUCCCUCAGACAUUCAUAUCAAGGAGGAACCAGACCCGGACGGUUGGCCACUGAGCGGAGACUCUACCCUGAACACCAGCGACCUGUCACACCUCCGCGUACGGAUGCUAGAUGAGGAGACGGAGGGGAUGGGACAGGAGGGGAAGAGGCUCCGGAGAGUAGCUUGUACCUGCCCUAACUGCAAGGAGGCAGGGGGAAGAGGCUCGGGCAUGGGCAAGAAGAAGCAGCACAUCUGCCACAUCCCCGGCUGUGGGAAGGUGUACGGUAAAACGUCUCACCUGCGCGCUCAUCUGCGCUGGCACUCGGGCGAGAGGCCCUUCAUCUGCUCCUGGAGUUACUGCGGCAAGAGAUUCACACGCAGCGACGAACUUCAGCGCCACCGCAGGACACACACAGGAGAGAAGAAGUUUGUGUGUCCACAGUGCUCUAAGCGCUUUAUGCGCAGCGACCAUUUGGCCAAACACAUUAAAACUCACCUGAACAAAAAAGGGCUAAACUCAGCCCCCACGGCAGGGCAGACGGAGGCCUCUGCCCAUCCGGACAGCAUCAUCACCGGGGGCGGGGCCACGCUCAUCCUGACCAAUCUGCCCCAGGCUGGCACCCAAGACAUCCUCUCAAACUCUGACCUCCCGCUUCAGCUGGUCACUGUAUCUGCCAAUGAGGCCAUGGAGUGACCUAUUAAAAAAAAAAACGCCCACUUUCACAGCUGGCUUUUCACUAUCGAUUUUUAUAUAUAUGAUAAAUAUAAAUAUAUAUAUAUAUAUAUAUAUGAAUAUAUAUUUUAAAAAAUGAAUUAUCAAUUUAUGCUCUGUAGCAUUCUUUUUUUGUACAAACAGGGGGAAGGGGGAGGGGGAAGGGUAGGGACAUUAAAUGUGGUUUGGGUCUACACACACACACAUGCAUAUACAGUGUAUAUGAAUACACACUAACACAGAAAUGCCUUAUUUUGUAUCAUAUCAUACUCUAGUAUAUGAUGCUGGACUUGCAUGGGUUUGUACUUUCUUCUGAUCAAAUUGUUCAUGGGGAUGAUGAUGAUUUGACUGUGUGCAUGAAAGAUAUGGUACAGGGAGGUGUGUGUGUAUGAGCGAAAGAGAGAGUGAUGUGUGAAUUUGGCAGCGGGAGAGGGAAGCGACAUCCUCAGAGGGAAGAGAUACUCACGAUCUGUCCAUCUUCCUCUUCAAUCCGUCUCUCUCUCUCUCUCUCGGCUGGCCUCGGUCCAAAUGUGUCUUCACUCUUUCAUUAUGUUUUAUUUCAAGUAUUGCUUCUCUCACACCCUCUGUAUCGUGAUUGGUGGAUUUGUUUAUUUUAUUUUAUUUUAUUUUUUUUUUAUUCUAUCAUCCAUAUGCAACUUGGAUGAAAACGUCAGUCAUGUUGUUCUUUUUUUUUUAAAUUGUUUUUCUUCUCUAUAUUCAUGAUGUGUUCUCUGGUUUUACUCUUUUUGCACCCCCCCCCCCCCCCCCAAGUCCCCCAGUCCCCAAGGUUGUUUAUAGCCACCAUUUAUUUUAGUGUAUAACUGAUUCUGUUGUAUCAUGGACUUAAUUACUUUUUACAUGUGUAAAAUUUUUAUGUUACUUUUAUACUUUUAUUUUUUUUUCCCAAAUGGAACACAAUUAAAGUCAGAAAUCUUCCUAUAACUUUGAUACUUAAUGUUUAUUGAUUACUAUAGGUGACCUGUCGUGUGUGUGUGUGUGAUUUUUAAGCUUAAUGAAUUGAAUGCUUCAACAAAGCCAGUGGAUUGUUUUAGAAAACCAUUAUUUUGCAACAACAUUCAUUUAUGUUCUAAAGAAUAAAAAAAACUUUGGGGAGUGCUGUUAUUAGAAACUAUUCAAUGACAGGGUGAUGUGAUGAAGCGGAGUAACUGUUCCCACUCAGUUUGCCAAUGCUAACAUUUUCUAUUUAUUAGAGAACAGCAUGUUGUAAGUUUGAUCCAUUUAUAGUUAGGCAUGAAUGUUGUGGAACAUACAUGAUACAAGUUCCUGUUAUUGCUUACGUUACAGCAGCUGUUACAUAAACAGUUGUUCUCUCACCAGACUCUUUUCUCUUUUUCAUCUUUUUUUUUUUUUUUUUUUAUUCUUGAAGUGACAAAAAAAAAUGCACAUUGUCAUGUUUCUUGUUCCCUGCUGAAAAUAACAAUAGAAACCUUCACAGAAUUUGUAUGGGUUUAAUGGCUGUAGUGGAAAUUUGUAUGAAUGUAAACUGCAAUGGUCCCUACUGGUAAUUUGAUGCCUUCUAUUGUUGGCAUGCUAUGUCUAGUGGAUACCAUUUAAGGACCAAUAAUGGUAAUGGUUUUAAUGGUUACCUGGUGGUUUGUAAUGGUAUUUGUAGUUGAAACUAUUAGAAUGUCAGUGAUGGUUUCUAUUGAUUUUUUUUUUUUUUUUUUUUUUUUUUUGAUUGGUCAUCGGGAAGAAUUGUGUUCAGCGAAUGGUCAUUGGGAACAAUUGUGAUCAGCAAUUGGUCAUUGGGAACAACGGUGAUCAGUGAAUGGUCAUCGGGAACAAUUGUGUUCAGCGAAUGGUCAUUGGGAACAAUUGUGAUCAGCAAUUGGUCAUUGGGAUCAAUGGUGAUUGUGAUUGGUCAUUGGGACCAUGAAGAUCAGUGAUUGGUCAUUGGGAACAAUUGUGAUCCGUGAUUGGUCAUUGGGAACAACGGUGAUCAGUGAAUGGUCAUUGGGAACAACGGCGAUCAGCGAUUGGUCAUUGGGAAAAGUGGUGAUCUGUGAUUGGUCAUUGGGAACAACGGUGAUCAGUGAAUGGUCAUUGGGAACAACUGCGAUCAGCGAUUGGUCAUUGGGAAAAGUGGUGAUCUGUGAUUGGUCAUUGGGAACAACGGUGAUCAGCGAAUGGUCAUUGGGAUCAAUGGUGAUCUGUGAUUGGUCAUUGGGACCAUGAAGAUCAGUAAUUGGUU